UAGGCAACUAUUCUAUAUACGCGUAUGUUAUUAGUCAUUGGCCGCCUCGCUCGGAUACAGUCGCCGCGCACUUAUAUUUGCUGCAGCGCCGAGACUGAUCGAUAAAAAAGUAUAUCAGGCGUAGGCUUUUUAUAUAUAAAAAUAGUAUAAGCUCGCGCGUAUAGGUGUAGCGUAUACAGUUGGCGCGACGAGUAAUCAGAUAGCUAAUAAACGCGAAUAAACCGCGUUAUAAAGCCAUACAGAGUGCGAGUGCGGAGUACAUUGAGGACUGUUCACUGCACCGCGAGCUCCGAGACUUCGAGAGACUAUAUCUAUAUACGAGUCGACCACUACCAAACGUCCAACACACACUGUGGCCUCUUGUGUAUACACACACACGCACGCAUAACGUACAUGUAUGUAAAUAUACACGCACAUAGCCAUAUAGCUGCGUGCAGGCUGACGACACAUGCUGCUUUGUGCUGCUGCUGUGUAUGGCAGUGUUGAAUUGCACGCGCGGAUAACACAAGUGUCCAAGUCUGCGUCACCACCAGCGACAAAGACGCGCGACAACGACGACUGACAUGAUGAUGAAAAACAUCAAACCUUGUGGGCUUAUUUGAUGGUAAUACAAUACCAAAACUCUUAAAAAUUGUACCAAGUGUGAUAUAGUGUAGAACAAUAGUUAUUUAUUUAGAAGACUGUGAUGAGUGAUUCGGAACAGCGUCAACUGCAUGUGCCUUAUCGAGAGUAUAACAGUAACAAUAGUACAACACCAGCUACUCUUGUAGAAACAGAUGCUCUCGUUGACCUGUCAGUCACCCCAAGCAGUAACAUUGCCAUACUUGCCAACGGUGAUCCAGUAGUUUUAAUACCAGACGUUGAAUUUGCUCCUAACCCUAGUGUUGAUCAAGCAUUAACCAUUGAUUCACCUGGAGCAGACCGGGAGAGUCAACCUCUCCUUGGUCGCUUAGAGCUGGAUAUUACGUACAAUAGGUUUCCUGACGAUCCACAAUUUUCAGAAUUAAUAUCGCAAGCAGAAGGUGCAAUAGAUAAUGGAAUAUUUCCAGAAAGAAUAUACCAAGGCUCUAGUGGAAGUUACUUUGUUAAAAAUCCAGCAGGGAAAAAUAUUGGCGUAUUCAAGCCAAAAGACGAAGAGCCAUAUGGCCGUUUAAAUCCAAAAUGGACCAAAUGGAUGCACAAGUUAUGUUGCCCUUGUUGUUUUGGCCGGAGUUGCUUGAUACCAAAUCAAGGAUACCUCAGCGAAGCUGGAGCAAGUCUUGUAGACCGAAAACUUGGUCUAGGUGUUGUUCCAAAAACAAGGGUCGUAAGACUCGUCAGUAAAACUUUCAAUUACGUCCGCAUAGACCGCGAGAAAGCUAGAAUGAAACAAGCUAUUCUGGAGCAGUUUCCAGCUGUAGCGUCGCGCUUCCACAGGAUAGGUCUGCCGCCGAAAGUUGGCUCAUUCCAGUGCUUCGUCGAUGGUUUUAAAGAUGCUGACUUCUGGCUUAGGCGCUGGGAAAGUGAUCCACCACCACCGCACCUGGCCACACAAUUUCAAUUACAAUUCGAGCGUCUAGUCGUUUUAGACUAUAUUAUUAGAAAUACGGAUAGAGGUAACGAUAAUUGGCUGAUAAAAUACGACGCAGCUUCAGCGAAGAAUGGCACUGAGGGCGAAGUGAAAAUUGCCGCAAUCGAUAAUGGUUUGGCAUUUCCCUUCAAGCACCCAGACUCAUGGCGCGCGUAUCCUUAUCACUGGGCUUGGUUGAGCCAAGCCAAACUGCCUUUUAGCGAGACUACAAGGGAACUUGUUUUACCUCAAUUAGCCGAUCAAAAUUUUGUACAAGAUUUGUGCGAUGACUUGUAUCAAUUGUUUAAACAAGAUAAAGGAUUUGAUCGACAUUUAUUUGAUAAACAAAUGAGUGUGAUGCGAGGCCAAAUAUUAAAUCUUCAGCAGGCUUUGAAAGAUGCCAAGAGUCCAGUGCAACUCGUCCAAAUGCCGGCUGUUAUCGUUGAAAAGGCCAGAGGAAACGAAGCACCGAAGCUAUUUUCAUUCUCGGACACGUUUACACAGCGCUUCCAAAACAAGAGUCCUUUCUUCUCUUGGUGUUAAUUAGUUUUUUCUUCGAUCACCACGGACUUGUAGUUUUUUCAUUUUAUACAUUUUUUUUGUCUCAAGUGCUCGCGUUACUGUUUCUAUAAAUAAAUUUUAUUCACCGAAAUGUAUUUUCUUCGUUCAACUCAUUACAGAGUUAUUUGAAUCGCGUUGUUUCUCAUAACUUUCUUAAAAAAUGUCACGUGAAGAUUAUUUUAGUUGUUCAUUGUAGGCUUAUAGUUAUUUACACUGAAUCAGUCUUCUUUGUACGCAUGUCUUGUAAGAAUGUAACACAUAAAAUGAAUUGAAAUUUUGCAAAUCACGAGCGCUGAUUUAUACUAUUUUACUUUACUGUAAAAAAUUUGCUAUAUAGUAACGAUUGUAUGGACUACUAUAAGUCCAAAACUAAGAAUAUAUUUAUUGUAAUGCAACGAAGAGAGUUUUAUAGACUAUGUGCCAAUUGGUGAAAUUACUUAAAACGAAAAUAAUCCUUGAAAGUUCAUUUACAUGUGCAUUCCAUUAAAUUGCUGGGGGUUUUUUUCUUUUUUUUAUAUUAUAUUGUGACUUACAAGAGUCUCGUGAAGUAACGUGUGUACAAAAAAUAGAUCAAAACGAAAUGAAAAUAAAACUUGUAAAGUGUGAAAAACGAUGUAUAAUACAUGCAAUUGUAUGAAAAUGGUAACGAAAAUAGAUUUUGGACUCAACGAGUUAUUUAUAUGUUAUUAAAUUACGCAAUUUAUAAAUUUGCGUUAACUAAAAACAGUGCGGUCAGUAAUUUUUGUAAAAAAAAAAUUUAAGAUUUAAAACAAUGGUCGCAUGCACACGACGUAUAUUAUGCUUAUUUAUUAUACUGUGUAAAUAUCGUUAAAUUAUUCCUUUAUCUGUCUGGUUCUAUUCAAUUGAACAAAAUAAUUCGAUAAAUAGUUAGAACAUUUUUUUAUUUGUUUAAUUUUAUG